UGAUUCUGCCUUUCUCUUGCUUGCUUUUGUCUUUUUAAAACAAAUUUCACUUCUUUUUUUUUUUUUUCCUCCCAUUUUCAACGAAAUAUUGUUUAAGAAAAGGGUGUGUGAAUGUAAUCGCAUGGAUGAUCACAAUCUCCAUCGCAGCUGAAAAAACCGUUCUCACACUUCAAAAAGAGGGGUGGAAACAAAUGGAAUUAGUUGUCAUCAGAAGCAGAUCUGCGUGAUCUGUGAAAGAAGAGUAUGUAAAUGACUACGCAACACGAAAUUCAUGAUCCCUGCUAUCUCCCAGGUUCCUGUAAUCCACUGGAGAGGCUGGAGAAUCUGUUGAAUCAACCGGCUAAUCGAUUUUGCGCCGAUUGUGGCUCUCCAGAUCCGAAAUGGGUGUCAUUGAGUAUUGGAGUGUUUAUUUGCAUCAAGUGUUCCGGAGUCCAUAGAAGCCUUGGGGUACAUAUAACAAAGGUACUCUCUGUGAAGCUUGACGAAUGGACAAACGAACAGGUCGAUUCUUUAGCCGACGCGGGUGGUAACUCUGCUGUGAACAUGAGAUAUGAGGCUUUUUUGCCUGAAAACUUUAAAAAGCCACUACCGGAUUCUUCGAUAGAGGAACGCUCCGAUUUUAUUAGGAGGAAAUAUGAGCUGCAGCAAUUUUUGAACUCCAAUGUACAGAAUUCAUCUGCAGCAUCUCUGAGUUUCAGCACGCACAACAACGGUUCCAGUAAUAAACACUAUGAGAAGCAACACACGGGAAUUCGUCACGGCCUAGGUCACGCUUUUAGAAAUAGUUGGAGAAAAAAGGAGUCAGAGCAUAAAGCAGUAAAGAAAACGAUGGGCAUGGUAGAAUUCGUCGGCUUAAUAAAGGUUAAUGUCAUUAGAGGAACAAAUUUAGCUGUUCGUGAUAUGGUGACCAGCGAUCCUUACGUUAUCCUAAAUCUAGGACACCAGUCAAUGAAAACCCGGGUGAUAAAGAGCAACUUGAAUCCUGUAUGGAACGAAAGGCUAAUGUUAUCCAUCCCAGAUCCUAUCCCGCUGCUCAAGCUGCAAGUAUAUGACAAGGACACAUUCUCGACGGACGACCGCAUGGGGGAGGCUGAGAUAGACAUCCAGCCCCUCGUUGCAGCAGCCAAAGCCUACGAGAAUUCGUCCAUUGCAGACUCGAUGCAGCUCGGGAAAUGGAUGGCGACUGAUGACAACACGCUGGUCAAGGACAGCAUUAUCUCUCUCGUUGACGGCAAGGUGAAGCAGGAGAUCACCCUCAAGCUUCAGAACGUCGAGCGUGGAGUGUUGGAGAUUGAACUCGAAUGCGUCCCUCUCAGCCAAUAAUCUUUAGAAAGUUGGAGGUUCCUACUGUAGAAGGAACACUUUGUUUAUGGUGGUAGAUGAUAGACAUUAAUAUGUGCCAAAAGAAAGAAAGAAGUGUUAUGUGAAUUAUUCUUAACCUUUUCCUCUGUGGUUUGCACUCAUGAAUCGGCAUAGGUGGUGCCCUCUUAGAAUUGAUGAAAUGGUUGAAGAACUUUGUUACUUCUUAUCAUGUGAUCAUGGAUGGAACAUAUCUGUCAGUAUCUAUGAUGUAAUAGGAAAAAUGAAGUUUUAGAUAGAGCAUGAUGAUGAUGAUGAUGAUGACAACUAGAAA